AUGAUCGUCGCCGACUCGGAGAGUUGCGACCCCGCCGGAGUCGAAGGCUAUUUGCCCUGCGAAGGCUGCCAAACUUUGAGGCGCAAGAAGGAUAGAGGGAUAAAAAUCCCCCAGCAGCUGGGAAGAGGCCCCAGUUCUUUCAUCCCAGUGGAAGAGAUCCUACAAGAAGGAGUGGAAAGCGCCCAGCGACGGCUCUUCAUAGAAGCCUUUGUUUCAACGGGCAAAGUGGAUAACAUUACCAUGGUGAUGGGACUACAUCCAGAAUACCUGACGAGCUUCUGGAAGACUCAGUACCUCUUGUUGAGGAUGGAUGGGCCACUGCCGUAUCACAAGCGCCACUACAUCGCAAUCAUGGCAGCUGCCAGGCAUCACUGUUCCUACCUGGUUGGCUUCCACAUGGGGGAGUUUCUCCAGGUAGGAGGGGACCCAGCCUGGCUGCGAGGUUUGCAGUAUGCCCCACAAAAACUCAGGAACCUGAAUGAAAUCAACAAGAUCCUGGCUCACCGGCCUUGGUUGAUCACCAAGGAGCACAUUGAGGCCCUGCUAAAAACUGGGGAAAACAGCUGGUCUCUAGCCGAACUCAUCCAGGCCUUGGUCCUGCUGACACACUACCACUCGCUCGCCUCCUUCGUGUUCGGCUGCGGCAUCAACCCAGAGCUUGACCAGGAAGCUGGGCAUGUCUUCCGACCACCUUCGCCACGCAGCUGCGACAGUAGCCCUAGCUCGGAAGAUGGGACAAACAGUUCCAGUAGCAAUGAUGCCAUGGAGGAUGUGGAGAUGCUGAUGGAGAGGAUGAAACUGCUGCAGGAGUGCCAGCUGGAGGAGGAAGGUGUCACCCAGGAAGAGAUGGCGACUCACUUUGAGAUGGAAAAGAGAGAGAGCCUACUUGUGACUCCCUCAGCAGACAUUGCUGAACACUCCCUGCCACCCAAAGUCCUGUGCUUUGUGGAGGAUCCAGAGUUUGGCUACAAGGAUUUUACCAGGAGAGGAGAGCAGACACCUCCCACUUUCCGAGCCCAGGACUAUACGUGGGAAGAUCAUGGUUACUCGCUUAUCAACCGGCUGUAUCCUGAUGUGGGACAACUCUUGGAUGAGAAAUUCCAAGUGGUGUACAAUCUGACCUACAACACCAUAGCUAUGCACAGUGGGGUGGACACAUCCAUGCUCCGGAGGGCCAUCUGGAAUUACGUCCACUGUGUCUUUGGCAUUAGGUAUGAUGACUAUGAUUACAGGGAAGUGAACCAACUUUUGGAACGUAGCUUGAAAAUCUACAUUAAAACUGUGGCCUGCUACCCGGAAAAAACCACUAAAAGAAUGUACACUCAUUUCUGGAGACACUUCAAACAUUCGGAAAAGGUGCACGUCAAUCUGCUGCUUUUGGAGGCCCGCAUGCAGGCAGCCCUAUUGUAUGCUCUGCGCGCCAUCACCCGCUACAUGACCUGAUUGGACUUCAUGGGCGAGGCAGCCUUGCUCCUGGACCAGGGAGCUUUCUUCCAAAGACCUGUUUCUGGAAUGUCUGGUGAAAAAAAAAAUCGAGUUACCUCACCUUCUACCUGUGGCUUUUUUUGGAAGCGUUUUGUACGGGGAUGGAUUUUUUUUUUUUUUAGGUCAAAAAGUGACACUGUGAGGCAGAGGUGGCCUCAACGUUAAUUGUUCCCUUGAUGUGUGAAGGAAGCCGACUGCUGUUUCAUCAUCAUGACCUGGGAAGAUCUCCAUGGGUUCAUGGUUUUGCCAAUGGUGGCCCAAGGUUUCGGAGUUUGAUGCUGAUCUGGCCAGCUCUUCUUCAAAAAUUUGAGAAGGUCUUGCAUCCCAUGCUGAUGUCCCUCAAUGACUAGCUUGGUAUGCACCAAAGUUGGAGAUGGCAGCAUUUUAAUGAAUUGUGCAAUGAAUACCCUGUCUACAUCAUCUUCUUCUUCUUUUUGCAAUGAAGAUGGUCCUGAACCAGCUGAGGCAAAGAUCACCAAAGAGAUCUCUCUGCCACGGAUACGGCUUUGCUCUUUCUCUUUGGUCUCAACUUGCUACAGAACUUUGAAUGUAGAACUUUGAACAUUUCAAGCGGGUAACCCAGGGGUGGGAUACGACAGGAUUAACUACCGGUUCGGGAUUUACGAGGGUCGGUGAUUUAUGCGCAUCUGCAAAUCGUCAUCA